CAAAGGGAGGUCUUCUAGGCUGAGUCUGCCCAGCGGCUGCGCUCUAGGUUGUACCUUGUACUCUUGCAAUUGUGUUUCGCGGACUGGUGAACUGGUCUAGGAUGGCUUCGGAUUCAAGGGAGCGCGGGGCCUUGUGCACGCUGGAGUUCGCUGUGCAGAUGACCUGUCAGAGCUGCGUGGACGCGGUGCUCAAAUCCCUACAAGGGGUGACAGGUGUCCAGGACGUAGAGGUGCAGCUGGAGAAUCAGGCAGUCUUAGUGCAGACCACUCUGCCUAGCCAGGAGGUGCAGGCACUCCUGGAAGGCACUGGGCGUCAGGCUGUACUGAAGGGCAUGGGCAGCAGCCAGUUUCAGAAUCUGGGGGCAGCAGUGGCCAUUCUGGGGGGCCCUGGCCCUGUGCAAGGGGUGGUGCGCUUCCUGCAGCUGACCCCUGAGCAGUGCCUCAUCGAAGGAACCAUUGACGGCCUGCAGCCUGGCUUGCAUGGGCUCCACGUCCAUCAAUAUGGGGACCUCACAAAGGACUGUAGCAGCUGUGGGGACCACUUUAACCCUGAUGGAACAUCUCAUGGAGGCCCUCAGGAUUCUGACCGGCACCGUGGAGACCUGGGCAAUGUCCAUGCUGAUGCUGAUGGCCGAGCUGUGUUCCGGAUAGAGGAUGAGCAGCUGAAGGUAUGGGAUGUGAUUGGCCGCAGCCUGGUUAUUGAUGAGGGAGAAGAUGACCUGGGUCGGGGAGGCCAUCCCUUAUCCAAGAUCACAGGGAAUUCUGGGGAGAGGUUGGCCUGUGGCAUCAUCGCACGCUCUGCUGGCCUAUUCCAGAACCCCAAACAGAUCUGCUCCUGUGAUGGUCUCACCAUCUGGGAAGAGCGAGGCCGGCCCAUUGCUGGUGAGGGCCGGAAGAAUUUGGGCCAGCCGCCUGCCCAUCUCUGAGCCGAGUCUCAUCAAAAAUCUGUUCUUCCAGCUGAGUGCCUUCUUCCUCCUUGCUUUCCCAGGCCUACAAGGAUUAGGUUCAGGGAGUACAGGAGUGGUUGUGAUGAUAACUUGGCAAACUAAACUUUUAUUUUCAUAUGGAA